AUGCUCAAUGGGUCAAGCCCCCAGGCUGGCAAAAUCUGGAAAACAGCUAAUCUUACCUUCUCCUUUGAUGGCAAACAAAUAACUGAGACCUUCCUAAUCUGCAACACAGGGUCUCAUGCCGCCAUCUUGGGAUUGAAAUGGUUAGACGCCCACAAUCCAGAGAUUGAUUGGAACUUGCAAACCCUUUCCUUCCCUCACGCACCUCCAGACCAUGUGGCAAUUGCCAAAGAGGAAGAAGCUGACAAAAAGCCCCUUGAAGGAGUACCCCCAGAAUACCAUCAAUACACCAAGGUAUUUGGGGAGGAAGAAUUCAACAAGCUUCCACCACACCGGCACUACAACAUAGGGAUUGAACUCACCAAAGAAGGCCCACUCAACUUGCCCCUUUAUAGUAUGACCAAUGCCAAAUCUGCUACACUCAAGGAUUGGCUCAGGGACAAGCUUAAAGCAGGCAAAAUAUGUCCCAGUAAAUCUUCCAUCAGCUCCCCUGUGAUGUUUGUCCCUAAGAAAGAUGGUUCUUGCUGCUUAGUAGUUGACUACCACCGCCUAAACAACCGGACCAAAAAGAACGUGUACCCACUGCCCUGUCCCAAUGACCUCAUGGCCCAGCUUUGUGGAGCCAAGGUUUUCACCAAAUUAGACCUACAAUGGGGUUACAAUAAUGUCUGGGUCAAAGAAGGCAACAAGUGGAAAACUGCCUUCUGCACUAAGUAUGGCCUAUACAAGUCCCUGGUCAUGACAUUUGGCCUAACAAAUGCCCCUGCUGCCUUUCAACACUUCAUGAACAAACUGUUCAAAGACCUACUGGAUGUAUGUGUCAUCAUCUACCUUGAUGACAUCCUAAUCUACUCCAAGGAUGACGCAUCUCACACCCAGCAUGUUCAUGAGGUUCUAAGGUGCUUAAUGGAAAACCAACUGUUCUGUAAGGUGUCCAAAUGCACAUUCCACAUCACUUCUGUGGAGUAUCUAGGGAUCAUUGUGUUGGAUAAAGGCUUUAGCUUGGAUAAACUCAAGAUCCAAGCCAUCCAGGAAUGGCCCACACCCACUAAAGUCAAAGAGUUUGUUGCCAACUUCAGCCACAUGGCCAGGCCAUUGCACAACCUGGUUAAAAAGGACACACCCUGGAAAUGGGACACUGAGGAAGAAAGGGCCUUUAGGGGUUUAAAGGACGCCAUCACCAACGCACCCAUACUAUGCCAUGUGGACCCCACAAAACCCUAUUUUCUGGAAACAGACGCAUUGGGCACGGCCCUAGGAUCCAUUCUAAGCCAACAACAGGAGGACAGACGCCUACACCCCCUGGGCUUCUUGUUGGAAUCAUUCAAGGGAGCAGAACAGAACUAUGAUACCCACAACAAAGAACUGCUGGCUAUCAUAUGA